UGUCCAUCCAGAGAGCGCCAGCGAGCCGCACAGGCCGCCAGCCCGCCACCAGCCCAUGGAGCCGCGGCCACUCCUCCUGCUCCUCGGACUCUGCUCAGCUGGCCUCGUCCUGGGCUCCAAACAUGAGACCCGUCUGGUGGCAAAGCUCUUUGAAGGCUACAACAGUGUGGUACGGCCCGUGGAAGACCACCGCAAUGUCGUGGAGGUCACGGUGGGCCUGCAGCUGAUACAGCUCAUCAACGUGGAUGAAGUAAAUCAGAUCGUGACAACCAAUGUUCGUCUGAAACAGCAAUGGGUGGAUUACAACUUAAAAUGGAAUCCAGAUGACUAUGGUGGCGUGAAAAAAAUUCACAUUCCCUCAGAAAAGAUCUGGCGUCCAGACAUCGUUCUGUAUAACAAUGCAGAUGGUGACUUUGCCAUCGUCAAGUUCACCAAAGUGCUCCUGGACUACACUGGCCACAUCACGUGGACACCUCCCGCCAUCUUUAAAAGCUACUGCGAGAUCAUCGUCACCCACUUUCCCUUUGAUGAACAGAACUGCAGCAUGAAGCUGGGCACGUGGACCUAUGAUGGCUCCGUGGUGGCCAUCAACCCGGAAAGCGACCAGCCAGACCUGAGCAACUUCAUGGAGAGUGGAGAAUGGGUGAUCAAGGAGUCCCGGGGCUGGAAGCACUGGGUGUUCUACGCCUGCUGCCCCUCCACCCCCUACCUGGACAUCACCUACCACUUUGUCAUGCAGCGCCUGCCCCUCUACUUCAUCGUCAACGUCAUCAUCCCCUGCCUGCUCUUCUCCUUCUUAACCGGCCUGGUGUUCUACCUGCCCACGGACUCAGGAGAGAAGAUGACCCUCAGCAUCUCUGUCUUGCUGUCCUUGACCGUGUUCCUUCUGGUCAUUGUGGAGCUGAUCCCUUCCACCUCUAGCGCCGUGCCCUUGAUUGGGAAGUAUAUGUUGUUUACCAUGGUGUUCGUCAUCGCAUCCAUCAUCAUCACCGUCAUCGUCAUCAACACGCACCACCGCUCCCCCAGCACCCACGUCAUGCCCGAGUGGGUGCGGAAGGUUUUUAUCGACACUAUCCCAAAUAUCAUGUUCUUCUCCACGAUGAAAAGACCAUCCAGAGAAAAACAAGACAAAAAGAUUUUUACAGAAGACAUUGAUAUUUCUGACAUUUCUGGGAAGCCAGGGCCUCCACCAAUGGGUUUCCACUCUCCCCUGAUCAAACACCCCGAGGUGAAAAGUGCCAUUGAGGGCAUCAAAUACAUCGCAGAGACCAUGAAGUCGGACCAGGAGUCCAAUAACGCGGCUGAGGAAUGGAAGUAUGUUGCGAUGGUGAUGGACCACAUUCUCCUGGCAGUCUUCAUGCUCGUCUGCAUCAUCGGAACCCUGGCUGUGUUUGCAGGUCGGCUCAUUGAAUUAAAUCAGCAAGGAUGAGUGGAAAGCUGGGCUGAACCUCCGCGCCAGGGAGAUCUGUCUAGUUGGAUACAUGCUCACUUAUCAGAUAUUUAAUUUUCUGUAUUUAUUAUUCAUGGCAACGGUUUAUGUUUACAUAAGGUUAUGGCCUCCAAGUGUGUUCACAUUGCUUCUCCCUUCACUCCUGCUGUGGCUGCCUGGAGCGUGAAUCCUUUGCAGUAAGUGAACCUGGAUUGCUACAAAAGGCAUUCAUUUCCAGCAGCAUCUGGAAGAAUUUUGCCUAUGAUAAUUGAGGUUUUCUGUUAGUUAAAAAAAAUUUUUUUUUAAAUUUUAAGCAAAGAGUCUAUUCUUUGCUUAAUAGUCAGUUUUGUACUUACUAAAAAAGCCCCAUCUGCCAGUCCCCCAAAGAUAAAGCAUUUGACUUGGAGAGAAGGAAAGCAAUAGAAAGACAACAGGGAGAUUCUAGAAUGGCCACCAAAAUACAAACUGCCUCAAAAACCCAAGUUUUGAGAGGGAAUUUGGAGGUGAGGGAAUGUCUUCCCAAUCUAACACAGCACCUGAGUUUGAUGUUUGGGGUUUGAGGGAAAAGAGUAACUAACCUGAUUGGAGUGUGGGGCCAGGCACUGUGGGAUGGGAUCACAUGUAUGUUUCUUUUUUAUCCUCAUAACUCUGUAAAUGUCCCUAGUUUACAGAUAAGAAAACUGAACUUGAGGGAAGUUAAGUUCAUUAUCCAAACUAGCAAGUAGAACUGACAUUUGAACCCAGAUCUUGUGGAUUCAAAGUAGCUCUGAGCUGGGCCGGUUCAUCGCUCACUUGCUCUUUGGAUCAGCCCUGGCUCCAUCUGGGCCGUUCUGUGACUCUGGUCAGUGUUUUCGAGAGGUUCAGUCCUAGUAUUAGCCAUCUUCCUGCCUUCCCAAUUAAAGCACCUGCCUUUCCCCCAGUCUUUAUCCCAAUCCUGUUCGAGGUUCUAGUUCUAUGAAUGAAAUCACAAAUGUGUGCCCAUAUCAUCAUUUCUACAAUUCUGGACACACAAGUAGGAGAGGAAAUUUAUUUCCUUUCUUUAUAGCAACCUACUGGCCACAGGCAGUGCACCCCAGUACUGGAAAAUGUACAGCCCUGGGCUCAGUAAAGACCAUCAUCCCCAGAACACAUCUGAUCCACAUCAGUAGCAGAGAGAGUGGGGAAUGGCAGCACCAGACGACCUGUGAACUCAGGCGAUUUCAAUCUCUGUCUCCUUGGCAUUCCCCAUGACACAUCCAUGGCAGGAUUGAGUACCUCAUUUACGAGUAAACUAAAGGGAAAACAGUUUGGCAUUUCCUCAAAAAACUAGGCAUAGAAUCAUCAUAUGAUUCACCCACUCCACUCCUAGGCAUACACCCAAAAAGAACUGGAAGCAGGGACUUGAACAGAUCCUUGGAUACCAAUAUUCACUGCAGAAUUAUUUAUAAUAGCCCAAAGAUAAAAAACCACCCAUGUCCAUCAGCAUAAGAGCAAAUGUAUGGAGGAAUGAAGUUUUUAUAAAUACUAUAAUAUGGAUCAAUCUUGAAAACAUUAUGCUAAGUAAAUAAGCCAGAUCUGAAAGGACAAGUAUUAUAUGAUUCUGCUUAUGGGAAUUACCUAGAGCAGUCAAAUUCAUAGAGAUAGAAGACAGAAUAGCAAUUACUAGGGUUUGGGGAGAGGGGUGAGUUAUUGCUUAGUAGGUAGAGCUUCAGUUUGAGAUGAUGAAAAAGUUCUGAAAGUGGAUAGUUGUGGUGGGUGUACAACAUUGUGAAUGUACUUGAUGCCACUGAACUGAAUGUUUAAAAAUGGUUAAGAUGGUGAAUUGUAUGUGCAUUUGAUCAUAAUAAAAAGU